AUGAUGAGUCAAACAAGAAGCAAGCUUGCCGAGCCAGUUGUCGCCGCAUUCAUGGCCGGCGGAGUGGCUGGUGCGGUCUCCCGGACCAUUGUAUCACCACUGGAACGCUUAAAAAUCUUGCUGCAAGUCCAAAGUGUGGGACGUGAGGAAUACAAACUCUCCAUAUGGAAGGGUCUGGUGAAAAUGGGCCGAGAGGAAGGCUGGCGAGGAUUUAUGCGUGGCAAUGGGACUAACUGUAUCCGUAUUAUCCCUUACUCUGCAGUCCAAUUCGGAAGCUAUAAUUUCUACAAGAAAUUUGCCGAGUCCCCGGAUGGUGAAAUGUCACCGGUUCGCCGCCUUGUAUGUGGUGCUGCUGCAGGGAUCACGUCUGUGACUUUUACCUACCCUUUAGACAUCGUUCGCACGCGGCUUUCCAUCCAGUCCGCUUCGUUUGCAGACCUCGGGAACCGAGACCCAACUCAGAAACUACCUGGCAUGCUUACUACGAUGGUGUCAAUAUACAAAAACGAAGGUGGCACAGUUGCCCUCUAUCGCGGCAUUGCCCCUACCGUGGUUGGAGUGGCGCCAUACGUGGGGCUCAACUUCAUGACUUAUGAAUCGGUGCGAACGUAUUUGACCCCAGAUGGAGAUAAGAACCCGAGCUCGUGGCGGAAGCUGCUAGCGGGUGCAAUCUCCGGGGCAGUGGCCCAAACGUGCACAUAUCCCUUUGAUGUUUUGCGACGACGCUUUCAAAUCAACACCAUGUCUGGGAUGGGGUAUCAAUAUAAAUCAAUAUGGGAUGCCAUACGAGUCAUUGUGGCGGCAGAGGGGUUGCGAGGACUCUUCAAAGGGAUUGGGCCGAAUCUUCUAAAGGUCGCACCCAGCAUGGCCAGCAGCUGGCUCAGCUUUGAAUUGACACGGGAUUUCCUAGGCUCAACCCACACACACCCGCGCAGCCGAAAGUCCAAGACCAAAAACCUCUUGCAGUUUCCAUACGGGUGCGACAGCAAGCUAACUCCAGGUGUUCAAUUCAUACCAGCAGCCAUGGGUAUCGACUUGGACCGGCACCAUGUGCGCAGCAGCCACCGCAAGGCUCCUAAGAGCGAGAACGUUUACUUGCAGGUGCUCGUGAAGCUUUACCGCUUCCUUGCUCGCCGCACCGAGUCCAACUUCAACAAGGCCGUUCUCCGUCGUCUUUUCAUGUCGCGCAUCAACCGCCCCCCUGUGUCGAUCUCUCGUGUCGCCUCCAACAUCAACGAGACCCAGAAGGGCAAGACCGUUGUUGUUAUUGGCACCGUCACCGAUGACAACCGCCUACUGUCCGUCCCCAAGCUGUCCAUCGCUGCUCUGCGUUUCACCGCUACCGCCCGUGCCCGCAUUGAGAAGGCCGGUGGUGAGGUCCUGACUCUGGAUCAGCUCGCUCUGCGCGCUCCUACCGGUGCCAACACCCUGCUCCUGCGUGGUCCUAAGAACGCCCGUGAGGCUGUCAAGCACUUCGGCUUCGGUCCUCACUCCCACAAGAAGCCUUACGUUGCCAGCAAGGGCCGGAAGUUCGAGCGGGCCCGUGGUCGCAGACGCUCCAAGGGUUUCAAGGUCUAA